AGGAACUGCAGGUGGGAGCUAGAGAAGCCUCUAGGCAGUGAGACAGGCAGAGCAGGCCAGAGACGAGAGACCAGAGGAGACAGAGGAGAUCAGAAGCAAGAGAAACAGAGAGCAAAGGAGGCAACAGCCAGGCACCAGGACCUGGACACAAUGGAGUCGGGCAGACACUGCUUGGCCAAGACGCUGGUGUGCCACCUCUGGUCGGCCAUCAGCAAGGCGCUGUUCGCUGAGUUCCUGGCCACAGGGCUGUACGUGUUCUUUGGCGUGGGCUCGGCUCUGCGCUGGCCCUCAACGCUUCCCUCUGUGCUGCAGAUCGCCAUCACCAUCAACAUGGCAACGGCCAUGGUUGUGCAAGUCACCUGGAAGGCCAGUGGGGCCCACGUCAACCCCGCUGUGACGCUGGCCUUCCUUGUGGCCUCCCAAAUCUCCCUGCCCCGUGCUGUGGCCUAUGUGGCCGCCCAGCUGGCAGGGGCCACAGUGGGGGCCGCUCUGCUUUACGGGGUCACGCCAGGGCAUAUCCGAGAGACCCUUGGGGUCAAUGUGGUCCGGAACAGCGUCUCGACCGGCCAAGCGGUGGCAGUGGAGGUAGUUCUGACCCUGCAGAUGGUGCUCUGUGUCUUUGCUUCCACUGACAGCCGUCAGGCCUCAGGCUCCCCAGCCGCCAUGAUUGGAGUCUCUAUGGCAGUGGGCCACCUCAUUGGGAUCUACUUCACCGGCUGCUCCAUGAACCCAGCCCGCUCCUUCGGUCCUGCGGUCAUCGUGGGGAAGUUCACAGUCCACUGGAUCUUCUGGGUGGGACCCCUGACGGGGGCUGUCCUGGCUUCGCUGAUCUACAACUUUAUCCUGUUCCCUGACACCAAGACCCUGACCCAGCGACUGGCCAUCCUCAAGGGCACCACAGAGGUGGAGACAGCGGUAGGGGUAGAGCCCCAGAAGAAAGAAUCUGAGCCCAGUUCAGGGGACAUUGAAAUGGAGAGUGUGGGUCAGAUAGCAUAGAACUGGGCCCCCACCCUCAGGCUUCUGAGAGGAGCCCUGAAGACCCAUUCACAGGAACAAUCCUGAGAGAGAACUCCCCAUCCCAGCCCUCAGUCCACGACCUAGGCCAGAAGCCGUCUCCAGCCUCAUUCUCAGCUCUGCCAGGAUCCCCAAAAAGCUGUUGAAUAAGUCCCAA